AUGGCUGAUGAAAACUAUACAACGAUCACAGAAUUCAUUUUUGUAGGCUUAAAGUACCAUCCUCGUUUGCAAGUUUUCCUUUUCUUGCUCUUUCUUUUCUUUUACCUGUUUACAAUGACAGGAAACACAGGCAUGAUCAUUCUUAUUCGGAUGGAUCCCCGCCUUCACACUCCCAUGUACUUUUUCCUUAGUCACCUCUCCUUUGUGGACAUUUGCUUCUCCUCUGUUGUGGGCCCCAAGAUGCUCACUGACUUCUUCUCCGAAAGGAAAGCCAUCUCUUUCCUGGGGUGUGUCCUGCAGCAGUGGUUCUUUGGCUUUUUUGUGGCCAUUGAAUGCCUCCUCCUGGCUUCCAUGGCCUACGACCGCUACGUGGCCAUCUGCAACCCAUUACUCUACUCAGUGGCCAUGUCCCCCAGACUCUGCCUCCAGCUAGUGGCCGGUCCCUACACUGUGGGAUUCCUCAACACCAUGACACACACGACAGCGGCCUUUCGACUGCCCUUCUGUCGCUCUAACAUUAUCAAUCAUUUCUUCUGUGAUAUGUCCCCCAUUCUCUCUCUUGUCUGCGCAGACACCCACAUCAAUAAAUUGUUGGUUUUCAUCGUGGCUGGGGCUGUGCUCAUCGUCAGUAGCCUGACCAUUAUCAUCUCCUAUUUCUACAUCCUAAUUGCCAUCCUGAGGAUCCGCUCUGCUGACGGGAGGCGCAAAGCCUUUUCCACCUGUUCCUCCCAUCUGACAGCUGUUUCCAUCCUCUAUGGGACUCUCUUUUUCAUCUAUGUGCGGCCAGGAGCCAUUUUCUCUCUGGACCUCAAUAAAGUGGUGUCAGUGUUCUACACAGCCGUCAUCCCCAUGUUGAAUCCUCUCAUCUACAGCUUACGAAAUAAGGAGGUGAAAGCUGCCAUGUUCAGAAUGAUCACCAGGACAAAGUUUAGCACCAGAAGUUAG